GAGAAAGCUACAAUAUUUGUCUUUCCAGGACUUUGCCUUUUGCGCUGGUCAGCUCAUCAGCUACUGGACCGUGGGAGCAGUUGGUAAGAUGUUCACCUUAAAGAUACAGUUCACUCAAGAAAAACUACAAUUCUGUCAUUUACAUUACUACAGCUGCCACUACUGUCAGAUUGCAUGAUAUUCCACCAGUCAGAUCAUCUUUGGUGAGUGUCUUUGUACAGUAUGCAGUUCUGAAAGCAGGGAGGUGACAGUGCCAAAGUCGGGAAGUAUUCCCCAAAUUCUAUUAGGGAAAUAUUUGUGAGAUCCAUAAUGGGAAAGGUAAUGGAAAUGAGGCAAAAUUAAUUUGAAAGGAAAUGCAUUACAGGUACUGUAUAUGCAUUCUCACGCUCUGUUUUCUUUCUUUCAUACUUUCUUAUACAACAUGAUGGAAGACUUGGAUGCUGAUCUAGAAAAAGAGUUUCUCCAUGACUUGAAAGACUUGAAAGUUUUGGUUAAUAAUAAGGACAUGUUGGACCAACACAAAAGCUUGGUGUGUGCACAGCUUAGAGGGAAAAUUAAAGUCUUUAGUGAGAUGGAGGCCAGUUUUAAGAAUUUGUCAAGAGCUCUAGUUAACAUCGCCUCAAAACUCACACACACCAAAGAUUUCCGAGAUCUGUUCAUCGACCUUGUGGAGAAGUUCAUUGAACCAUGCCGGUCAGAUAAAUGGACAAUCGGAGACCUCAGACUUUUCCUCAAGCACUACAGCAGCUCUGUACACACGCUUGAGGCUUUCAGGCAUCAAGUAAUAUGGGACAGAUACAUGGGUGUCAUCAAAAGCUGCAUCCUGAAAAUGUACCAUGACUAGAACAUAUUUCCCACUCAUGGUUUCCAGUUAG